AUGUUCCUGCUCCUGGCACUGCUUGCUGAGCUUGGAGGGCUGCACGCCCACCUGGAUGUGGAGAGACUAUUCCUGUAUGUCACUGUUCCACAGAAGAUAAGGUCAAAUGAGAGUGAAGAUUCAGAGAAGCAGGUGACUUACAUCAUUACAAUCGAUAAAAAACCAUAUACUCUGCAUCUCAGAAAACACUUAUUCUUAUCCCAGAACUUUUUGGUUUAUACAUAUAACGAAACUGGAUCUCUGUAUUCUGAGUCUUCGUAUUUUAAGAUGCACUGCCAUUACCAAGGAUAUGUUGCCAAUUUUCCAAGUUCAGCUGUGACACUCAGCAUCUGCUCUGGACUCAGGGGAUUCCUUCAGUUUGAAAAUAUCACCUAUGGAAUUGAGCCACUGGAAUCUUCAGCAAGAUUUGAACACAUAAUUUAUCAAGUGAAAAAUGACAAUCCAGAUAUGCCAAUGUUAGCAGAAAAUUACAGCAAUAUUUGGCAGAAAGACCAGCCCUAUAAAAUUCACUUAAGCUCACAGGAAAAAAUGCUUUCAAAACUAUUACCCCAGUAUCUAGAAAUGCACAUUAUAGUGGAAAAAGCUUUGUAUGAUUAUAUGGGAUCAGAAAUGAUGGCCGUAACGCAGAAAAUUAUCCAGAUUAUUAGCCUUGUCAACACUAUGUUUAGUCAGUUCACAUUGACUGUGAUACUGUCCUCCUUGGAGUUAUGGUCAGAUAAAAACCAAAUUUCUACCAACGGGGAUGCUGAUGAUUUAUUACACAGAUUUUUGACGUGGAAACGGGACUAUCUUAUCCUACAGCCCCAUGACGUAGCAUUCUUACUAAUUUACAGGAAGCAGCCUAAAUAUGUGGGAGCAACUGUUCCUGGCACAAUAUGCAAUGAAAGUUACGACGCAGAUAUUGCUAUGUAUCCAGAUGCAAUGACAUUGGAGGGAUUUUCGGUUAUUAUAACUCAACUGCUUGGCCUUAAAAUAGGAUUAACAUAUGAUGACAUCAAUAAGUGUUCCUGUCCGAGAGCUACGUGUAUAAUGAAUCACGAAGCAGUGGUUUCCAGUGGUAUAAAGAUUUUUAGCAACUGUAGCAUGCAUGACUACAGAUACUUUGUUUCAAAAUUUGAGACUCAGUGUCUUCAGAGCUUUUCAAAAUUGAAACCAUUAUACCAAAAUCAGUCGGUGUGUGGUAAUGGGAUUUUGGAACCUCAUGAAGAAUGUGACUGUGGCAGUGAAGAGGAAUGUCAAUUUAAGAAUUGCUGUGAUUAUAAUACAUGUAAACUGAAAGGCUCAGUAAAAUGUGGUUCUGGAUCAUGCUGUACAUCAAAAUGUGAGCUAUCAGUAGCAGGCACUCCAUGCAGGAAGAGUAUUGAUCAAGAGUGUGAUUUUACAGAGUAUUGCAAUGGAACUUCUAGUAAUUGUGUUCCUGACACUUAUGCAAUGAAUGGCCAGUUGUGCAGGUUGGGGACUGCAUAUUGUUAUAAUGGACAAUGCCAAACUAUCGAUAACCAGUGUGCCAAGUUAUUUGGUAAAGGUGCUCAAGGUGCUCCCUUUGCCUGUUUUGAAGAAGUUAAUUCUCUGCAUAAUAGACUUGGAAACUGUGGUUUUCAAAAUUCCCAACCAUUACCUUGUGAACAGAAGGAUGUUCUCUGUGGAAAAUUAGCUUGUGUUUGGCCACAAAAGAAUCCUUUCAAAACUGAUGUUCGAUCUGCGGUUUAUUUGUAUACUCAAGGACAUGUAUGCAUAACUACAGGAUCAUCAGUGAGAUCAGGUGGCAGAGAUUAUGCCUAUGUGGCUGAUGGCACUGUGUGUGGCGCACAAAUGUAUUGCGUAAAUAAAACCUGCAAAGAAGUUCCUUUAAUGGGAUAUAAUUGUGAUGCCACUGAAAAAUGCAAAGGUAAUGGGAUAUGUAAUAAUUUAGGUAAUUGUCAUUGCCUUCCUGGAUAUAGGCCUCCAUAUUGUGAAUUACAAAUUGAUUCACCAGGAGGAAGUAUUGAUGAUGGAAACGUUCAUACAUCUGGUGACUAUUAUAUAACUUUGGUUAAAAAAGGCUACAAAACACAUCAGAGCAACUGGCUUACUUUGAGUUUCUACAUUGUUCUGCCCUUUUUCGUAUUUUUCACCACUAUGAUCAUAAAGCGAAAUGAAAUGAGAAAAGUAUGCAACAGAGAGAAUGCAGAAUACGAGGGGUAA